AUGAAGGCUCUCCUCGCGAAAUGGAGGAAAAAAGAACAUACGAAAAAAGGACCGGGAAGGCCGGCUCACAAUGCUCAUCCUCAAACAUGCAGCGGAGAACCGAUACCCCUCGAAGAAUUGAAAAGAAAAGAAAGAGAAAGGAGGGAAAAAAAAUUAUUGAGAUCUCUAGAAAGACAACAGAGAAAACUUGCAGCCAAAGGCAUCGUCGUUGACGUACAAACUCUCAGACGAGAAUGGGAGCAACAGCAAUUGAGUAAGAAAAACAAUUCUAGAAACGUCAUGUCGACGGAGGAAAACGCAAAUCUUUUCUUGCAACAUAACACCGAAUCGAAUUCGAGUUUGUGCAGCGUGUCGAGCGUGGGUAACGUAUCGAAUCGUGACGUCGAAAUCGACGUCGUCGGUGACGACGACGACGACGAUGACGACGAUGAUAUAUCAUCAAUUCACAAAAGCGAUUAUUUAAACGUGGAAAACGAAAGCGAAUUGGAACCGAUAUCAUACGUAUCCGGCGAAACGGAAGAUAAAACAAACGAAAAUCGAAGGCUAACACAAGAGGAACGUAUAAAACUCGGUUUUAAUUUAAGACUUAACGAUAGCGAUGCAUCGAAACCGGAUAUGGAUUUCGACAAUGUACGCAACAACGGUAAACAGAAAGAUGGAAGACUGAAAGACUCCGAACAGGAAAACAGUUCGUGUGAUAAAAAACUAUCAAAGUUAAAUAAAAGCGAUAUGAGAAUAAGUGAUUGUAGGCAAAAUUGUGCUAAUUCAAUGAAUUUGACAUUUUCUUUUUUUAACAAUCGUUCCAUUCUCAACAGCAAACCGAGAAGGUUAAAUCCUUUUAGCAUAGAAUCAUUAUUGAGCCGAGCGGAAACAAUGAACGCGGAAAAUAAAGACAUAUCCGGUAAAAUGGUGACGUAUCAUCAUCACCUCAACAAAACAAUGCUGCGACUACGACGACGUGACAAAUCGCCAUAA